AGAGGAGGAGGUGCUGGAGAUGGCGCGGUGGGGCCAGCAGCCAGAGCACAGAGCGAGCAGACGCGAGAGAGUGAGCCAGAGAAAGAGUGAAUUCGAUGCAGAGGUGCUCGUUGUCCACGAGAUGGCUGCGGUUUGAUUUUCGAGCGAGAGCCUGGCGAGGAAAAGAGCGUGCGGACGAAACAAGGGAAUUGGAUGUCGUACAUCCGCCUGCACUGCCCAUUCGGUGAGCUGAGCAGGACAAAAUUCGAUCUAUUGAAGUUAACAUGUCAGAAUCGAGUGCACCGGAGCAGCUUUCCUCGAGGGAUGGCACAACCCAGAGGCUGACGAUUCUGGAGGAUCUCGGAAACACAGUUAUUGACGUCGUACAUUUCAUUUUUAAAAAGGCGAGGAAGCUACCAUUCCCUGUGGGGAAAUCCGUUGCUUAUGCUGAGGACACCUUAGGUCCUUUGCUUCAGCCGUUAAUUGCAAAUGCAGAGGAAGAAGGUCUGCACUUGCUGGCACUUGCGGAUAAUAAGAUCAAUGCUGCAAGCGAUGCAGCAGUGAAUAACAUUCCUUUGGCAUCAGUAUUGGUCACCCCGCUACAUGUAGUUCUAUCUGGACAAGCUCUUGAUAUAAUGCAGAAAGGCCUUGAGACGGUGCGACGGAGAGGAGUCGUCGGCUGCACAGCAGAUGCUUGGGUUGAAUACGAGCCUGUUGUAAAGAACAAGUGUCAAGGAGUGUAUAAGCUGGUUAACAAAGUGCCUGGCUCGUUUCUAGUCGAGUAUGUUCUUCAUGACAUCGGUUCGCCGUGGGUUUCUAGGGUUUCUCAGUGGUUGAUCAACCAGAGUGAAAAAAAGUGCAAGCAUGAGCAUUUGUUUGCCGACCGUGAAAUGGUAUCUUCACACAUUGGAUGUUCGAUAAAAGAAACUAACGAUGUGAAGAGUGCUGAAGAUGCCUAUCCACCUACCCAAGAAGUUGUUAACGAUUCCCAGAAGCUUACAGCUGAUGUAAAAGCUGACUGUUCCAUGGAGGCGACUAAAGGAUGCACUUCUGAAAUCAGUGUUAUACCAGUGGAAGAACAAAAGCAAGAGUCCCCGUCUGAUGAUCACAAAGGAAAGUUGUUACAUGUAACGCCACCAGACGAUGAUCUGGAGGAGCACGACGAUAUCCUUGACCUUUUUAAUACAUGGGGUCUGGGUGGAAAUGCCAUCAGUCCUAAGGGUCUACAAAACUUGAGGACAAUGUCCAUGCGGAUUCAACCAGGAUUCAAUGCGUCGAUCGAAUCCGAGCGAUCAGUCAUGUCAAAGCCAGUGUCGAAGUCCUUCAGGCUUUAAGGUGGACCAGCACAUAUCAUGUCGAUUGUAUAUAUACAUUCUUGUAGAAAUCUAUCAAUUCUAUGGCAAAAUUGUAGGGCCAAUAGUCAUGAAUCUUGUAGAACUGUACCAAUGAUCAAUAGCUGCUUAUGAAGCAUAAAACCGCGGGUCAACCAUUCGUCAAAGACGUAUGUAAUCUACAAGCGCGGACUAGGAAGGUCAAUACGUUGAUCCCCUUAUCACGCCGUGAACAUCUCAAAUUUGUCAGUCCUACAAGAGGACGGAUUAUAUUGAUGUCAAUGAAGUUACACAUGGGGA